AUGGACUCUCCCUACCCCUGUGACUGUGGGCCUGGGGCAGUGCAGGAGCAGUAUAAAAGUGGGCCCUUCUCCUCACUCUCUCAUCCACUCUUCUCGCCUCCAUCUGUCCCAGGUGCAGCUCCAGCCCCAGACAUGUCCUGCUACACCCCGUGCCUGCCCUGCCAGCCCUGCGGCCCGACCCCGCUGGCCAACAGCUGCAAUGAGCCCUGUGUCAGGCAGUGCCAGGACUCCAAUGUCUUCAUCCAGCCCUCCCCCGUGGUGGUGACCCUGCCCGGGCCCAUCCUCAGCUCCUUCCCACAGAACACCGCCGUGGGAUCCUCCACCUCCGCUGCCGUUGGCAGCAUCCUCAGCUCUCAGGGAGUGCCCAUCAACUCCGGGGGCUUUGGCCUCUCUGGCCUGGGCAGUGGCCUCUGUGGCAGGAGGUGCUUUCCCUGCUAAAGCUGCUGCCCAUGGCCCUGGGGAAGGCCC